ACAACAAAACCUUGCAGUUCCCGAUCGAUAACAAAAUCGCUAUCUCUAGGGUUUUCCCAGGAGAAAAAAAACAACAACAACAACAACAGAAAUCAAAUCAAACCCUGAAACAAAUAACGUAGCUUUCGUUAUCCAACAAAAUCAAGAAUCAAUGGCAACAAAUCAGCAACAAGCAGCAAAAACUAACAACAACAAAAUAGAGAAGAGAAAGCCAGUUUUUGUCAAAGUGGAUCAGCUAAAGCCAGGAACAAAUGGCCACACACUGAUCGCAAAGGUUUUAGCUUCAGAUACAGUUUUGCACAAGGGACGAGCCACUGCUUCUUCUAAUCGUCUCCGCAAUACCCGCAUCGCUGAAUGUCUUAUCGGUGAUGAGACCGGCACUAUCCUCUUCACCGCCCGUAAUGAUCAAGUUGACUUGAUGAAACCUGAGACCACUGUAAUUCUGCGGAAUGCAAAGAUUGACAUGUUCAAAGGUUCCAUGAGGCUAGCUGUUGACAAAUGGGGCCGCAUUGAGGUCACUGAACCUGCCAAAUUUGCUGUAAAAGAGGAUAAUAAUCUGUCUCUGGUCGAGUAUGAAUUGGUGACUGUGGCUGCUGAAGAGUGAUGGAAAUAUAGUAGCAGUCGGAUACCUAUAUACUGGUUUAUGAAUUCAGAAGCCUGAUGGUUGUUUCUACUCUUCCUUCCUAUGGCAUGGGUGCUAUUGCGAUAUAAUUUUGAUGAUAGUUGUAUUUGGUAUACGGAUGUCCCUAAAAUUGGUCAGUCCCCUCGUUUUAACUUUGUUAACAUCUAUUAGGAUUAUUAACGGCAUUUAAAUGCGUGAAGAGAUUGUCACUUGUUGAUGAAUUGGUGGAAACUGAACUUGGAAUUAAAAUAUUGGUGUUAAUAGUAAAAGUCCCAUUAUCUGAGUAUUCUCUUA